AUGCUGACAGUGUUUGGGGCCUUGACCGUGGCACUAUACCAAUAUGCUGACAGUGGAGGAAUGUUUGGUGCCUUGACCGUGGCACUAUACCAAUAUGCUGACAGUGGAGGAAUGUUUGGUGCCUUGACCGUGGCACUAUGCCAAUAUGCUGGCAGUGGAGGAAUGUUUGGUGCCUUGACCGUGGCACUAUACCAAUAUGCUGACAGUGGAGGAAUGUUUGGUGCCUUGACCGUGGCACUAUACCAAUAUGCUGGCAGUGGAGGAAUAUUUGGUGCCUUGACUGUUUCACUAUACCAAUAUGCUGGCAGUGGAGGAAUGUUUGGUGCCUUGACCGUGGCACUAUACCAAUAUGCUGGCAGUGGAGGAAUGUUUGGUGCCUUGACCGUGGCACUAUACCAAUAUGCUGGCAGUGGAGGAAUGUUUGGUGCCUUGACCGUGGCACUAUACCAAUAUGCUGACAGUGGAGGAAUGUUUGGAGCCUUGACCGUGGCACUAUACCAAUAUGCUGACAGUGGAGGAAUGUUUGGUGCCUUGACUGUGGGAGGACUAUACCAAUAUGCUGACAGUGGAGGAAAUGUUUGGAGGAAUGCCUUGACCAUGGCACUAUACCAAUAUGCUGGCAGUGGAGGAAUGUUUGGUGCCUUGACCGUGGCACUAUGCCAAUACCAAUAUGCUGACAGUGGAGGAAUGUUUGGUGCCUUGACCGUGGCACUAUACCAAUAUGCUGACAGUGGAGGAAUGUUUGGUGCCUUGACCGUGGCACUAUACCAAUAUGCUGACAGUGGAGGAAUGUUUGGUGCCUUGACCGUGGCACUAUACCAAUAUGCUGGCAGUGGAGGAAUGUUUGGGACCUUGACCGUGGCACUAUGCCAAUAUGCUGGCAGUGGAGGAAUGUUUGGUGCCUUGACCGUGGCACUAUACCAAUAUACUGACAGUGGAGGAAUGUUUGGGACCUUGACCGUGGCACUAUGCCAAUAUGCUGACAGUGGAGAAAUGUUUGGUGCCUUGACCGUGGCACUAUGCCAAUAUGCUGACAGUGGAGGAAUAUUUGGUGCCUUGACUGUGGCACUAUGCCAAUAUGCUGGCAGUGGAGGAAUAUUUGGGGCCUUGACUGUGGCUCUAUACCAAUAUGCUGACAUGUUGCUAGCAACCAAGGGUAAUAAAUAA